GCCAAAGUUCUGCAAGGAUUUUAUUCAUUAAGAGAUACCGAGGCAAACGGCGGAGAUGGCGACACAGCUGCGUUACCCGGGCAAGGUGGUGAUCGUGACGGGUGGCACCUCUGGCAUUGGUCUGGCCAUCGUGAGAGAAUUUGUUCGCCAGGGAGCCAAUGUGGUCUUCUGUUCAGAACCAUCCGAAGCAAAAGCGGGACAAGCAAUUCAGAGAGAGCUGCAAGAUUCUGGGUGCCCGGGGGACGCUUACUUUGUGGUCUGUGAUGUCCGCAAGGAGACAGACAUUAAGAGGUUGAUUUCGGCCACUCUAGAACGUUACGGGCGCCUGGACUGCGUGGUGAACAAUGCUGGAGCUGCAAAUGUGGAAAAGAUAGACGAUGUGACUGCCCAAGACUUCCGCAACGUCAUGGAACUCAACACUCUGAGCGUUUUGUUAGCAUCAAAGUAUGCGCUGCCCUACUUACGGGAAACGAGAGGAAACAUUAUCAACAUGGCCAGUAUUGCUGGUAUGAUUGGGAUGAAGCAUAGUGUGAUAUAUUCCUCAAGCAAGGGUGCAGUUAUUGCAAUGACCAAAACUCUGGCCAUAGAUGAAAGCAAAUACGGAGUACGAGUCAACUGCAUCUCACCAGCUGGUAUCCAGACUCCUUUGUUUGAAAGGAAUGCAAAUGAGACGCCGAACCCAGAGGCCACAAUCCAGGAAUUCAAAAGUUCUCAGCUACUGGGACGUUUUGGGACCCCGGAAGAAGUGGCUCUGGCUGCCCUGUAUCUUGCUGCUGAUGGAACUUUCUGCACUGGUUUCAACCUUGUGGUCAGUGGUGGAGCUGAAGUUGGCUUUGCGAAGAAGGCCCAGGUGGAUUCUGAGCCUGGCUCAGGUGCAAGUGGGAACUCACAAGACUCCUCCAGCAAGCAAUAGGGCAUCAAGGAUGGGAGGGGGCAACAGCUAAGAGGACAGCUGUGAAAAGGUACCCAAAGCAGGGUGCCUUUCUAGUAACAUAGUGAAACCUGGGUUCUUUAUCCAGAUACUCUCUAACAGCUGAGAUUUUGAGAUUUUAUUAAAAAUAAAGAAAAAGGAA